AUGGCCCCCUCCCAACUCCCCCCGAUAUUCAAUGCGACCUCGCAAGACAUUGAGAUGCUCUUGUCCGCCCAAGCCCACCUUGGAUCCAAGAACCUCCAGGUUCACAUGGAGCCGUAUCUGUGGAAGACUCGCCCUGACGGAAUCAAUGUCAUCAACAUUGGCAAGACCUGGGAGAAGAUCGUGCUCGCAGCCCGUAUCAUCGCAGCUAUCGACAACCCCGCCGACAUCUGUGUCAUCUCCGCCCGUCCUUACGGACAGCGUGCUGUCCUGAAGUUUGCAGCCCACACCGGUGCCGUCGCCAUUGCUGGUCGUUUCACCCCUGGUAACUUCACCAACUACAUCACCCGAUCCUUCAAGGAACCCCGCCUCAUCAUCGUCACCGACCCCCGUACCGAUGCUCAAGCUAUCAAGGAGGCUUCCUACGUCAACAUCCCGGUCAUUGCCCUCUGCGAUACCGACUCCCCAACCGAGUUUGUCGAUGUGGCCAUCCCAACCAACAACAAGGGUCGUCACGCUAUUGGUUUGGUCUGGUGGAUGUUGGCUCGUGAGGUCCUGAGACUCCGCGGCUCCAUCGCUUCCCGUGAGGCUGAGUGGGACGUCAUGGUUGAUUUGUACUUCUACCGUGACCCUGAGGCUGAGGAGAACAAGGAGGCUCUUGAGGAGGCCAAGGCUGAGGAGACCCCAGCUGCCGACACUGGAUUCGGUGCGACCGCCGGUGGUGACUGGGAGGUUACUGGUGCUUCCGCUACUGCCUUCGCCGGUGCCCAAGCAACCUCUGCUCCGGCCGGAGGAUGGGAGGCCGAGACCGGUGACUGGGCCGCCAGCACUAACGAGGCCAUCGCCGCUCCUGGAGCUGACGCCUCAUGGGGAGCCGGCGACAAGACUACCGCCGACUGGUAA